GGGUCCACCCCUGGGUGGAGUCUGGCUUUUCUUUCCCGUGUUGGCUGACUUACAGCUCCGGUAAAGUAGUGGCAAUUUCUGAACCCCAGCCGGCUGCCUUCCAGUUUCUGGCUCCUCAGUCCAGGUGCCCAGGGCCGCCCGGGAGCAGCGGCUUUUCCUGAGUCCUGGGUCUUCCUUUCGUCUGGACGUAUUCUACCGCAGCUACUUAUUUAUUUUUGAACAAGAACGUCUCACGUCAUGGACCUCGUUGGACUGCUGAAGUCCCAGUUCCUGUGCCACCUGGUCUUCUGCUACGUGUUCAUCGCCUCGGGGCUCAUCAUCAACGCCGCGCAGCUCUGCACGCUCGUCCUCUGGCCCAUCAACAAGCAGCUCUUCAGGAAGAUCAACUGCAGACUGUCCUACUGCGUCUCCAGCCAGCUGGUGAUGUUGCUGGAGUGGUGGUCGGGCACAGAGUGCACCAUCUACACGGACCCGAGGGCCUUCUCCAAGUAUGGCACGGAGAACGCCAUCGUCGUCCUCAACCACAAAUUUGAAAUCGACUUCCUCUGCGGCUGGAGCCUGGCGGAGCGCUUCGGGAUCUUAGGGAACUCCAAGGUCCUGGCCAAGAAAGAGCUGUCUUACGUCCCAAUCAUUGGCUGGAUGUGGUACUUCACGGAAAUGAUCUUCUGCACACGCAAGUGGGAGCAAGAUCGCGAGACAGUCGCCAGGAGCCUGUUGCACCUCCGGGAUUACCCCGAGAAGUAUCUUUUCCUGAUCCACUGCGAGGGCACACGGUUCACAGAGAAGAAACACCAGAUCAGCAUGCAGGUGGCCCAAGCCAAGGGGCUGCCCAGCCUCAAACACCACCUGCUGCCACGCACCAAGGGCUUCGCCAUCACCGUGAGGUGCUUGAGGGAUGUAGUUCCAGCUGUAUAUGACUGUACACUCAAUUUCAGAAAUAAUGAAAACCCAACACUGCUGGGAGUCCUAAAUGGAAAGAAAUAUCAUGCCGAUUGCUAUGUCAGGCGGAUUCCAAUGGAAGACAUCCCCGAAGACGAGGACAAGUGCUCGGCCUGGCUCCACAAGCUCUACCAGGAGAAGUUCCUGGUCAGCAUGGUCAGCAGUGGCUCUUCUGUGACACUGGCCACCUUCAUCCUCGUCUUCUGCAUGGCUUCCAUGGGAGUUCGAUGGAUGAUUGGUGUGACAGAAAUCGACAAGGGCUCUGCCUAUGGCAACAUCGACAACAAACAGAAGCAGAGUGACUAACUCAGGGAUGUGUCACCUCCAAAGGGAACCUUGGGGAACUGGUGGCCUCUGCACAGCCUUCUUAGUGGGACAUGAUGAUGGAGGCUGGGUGAGCCCCUGCCGGCACGAGCACACAUCAAGGCCUCCCCAGACAUGGAGCUCGGUCUCGGAGGCAGAGGGGGAAGAUGAUGCUCUUAAAUCGUUUUUCCCCGUGUGAUUUAGUGGGUUUGGUUUUCUUUUCACUCUCUAGCGCGCGCGCACGUGUGUGUGUGUGUGUGUGUGUGUGUGUGUGUGUGGUUUUGAGAGACAGGGAGGGAGUGAGUGGCUGUGCAGUUGCGUGUGGGCCUGCCUCUGUGACAAUGCAAAGGGUCUUGGAGGCUGCAGGGGGGAGCAGGGCUGGGGACAGAGGGAUGAGUCCCCCUGUCAUCCUCUGGUGCUGAGCUGAGUCUUCUGUAACCUUUGAUUGCCAGAGACAGUGAAAAGUGCUUUAGGUAAGAUGACGAAAGUAUGCCUCCAAAAAAAAAAAAAAA